CAGAAUCGGACGAGUCCAUCAUGGUGUUGGGGUCCUUGCAGUAACGUUGGAAUUUUUCUUACUAUUUUGACGACACGGAAGCACGAUGUCGCGGCACAGGAACUACAGGAACCUUGAUUUUGAAGAAGAAUAUGACUCCUACGAUGAGGUCUUGGGCCAUUCCGUUGAAGACAGUGAAUGUGGGAUGUCUCCAGGAAUGGAGCAGUACCUCUAUAGCCGAAGUAAGGAUGCUGCCCAUGGGUUUGCAUCUUACUUACCAACUGGAGAAGACAUCAAGGAGGAGGAGGAGGCUGUAGAUGAGACACUGCACCAGCCUGGAUCACUGGAUAGGAGCAGACACGAUUCCUCCACUUACGAAAAGCCUCCCUUGUCGACAGAAGAUGAGGUUCGGUUGUCAUCGAUUAUGGACGAACUUCACAAUAUUCUUGGAGAUAAGUACAGUGAAAGAGAACUUACGCAAACCAUCAUUGCAAACAAGUUUGAGCUGGAGGCCUCACUGAAUGCACUCCUAAAUAAGGGAGCAUCAGUUGCAGCUGCAGUUGCACAGCCUUUCGGUAACAGGGCAGAAAGGGAUAAUGUAAAAGGUAAUGAUCAGACAGCUUCCGCUUAUGUAGAGCAGCUCUCCCUGUCACGCAAUGCAGACACAAAUAAAAGUGCUCCUUUGCAAGGCAAGAGGACACCAGCUUCGAAAGCAGUUGGCAAUUUGGCUGCAACUCCAGUGGUAGUUGCUACACCCAAUAAGAAUGGGAAUACACCCAGAGUGGUGCGAGGGUUUGAUGUGCUCAGCAAUGAUGAAGGAGCAGCAGCAGAAAACAACCUGAGCAUCAACGAGCAAGAGUCCAAGAGGUCACGUUCAAACACGCCAGUACGCGGUUGGCGGGAUAAAGACAAAGAUAAAGAGAAGGAUAAAUUCAAAGAGAAGGAAACUCCAACUGUUGCAAGGACCCCAGCAAAAAUCCGAGACAAGGCAGUUGAUGUGGAGAUGUGUUACAAGCAGCAGAGAGGAGGAGAAAAGGACUUACUCAAUCUGGUGGUUGUAGGACAUGUGGAUGCUGGAAAAUCAACGCUAAUGGGACAUCUCUUGUAUCUUCAGGGUAAUGUUGGUCAGAGGAUGAUGCACAAAUAUGAGCAAGAGAGCAAGAAAAUAGGAAAACAGUCUUUCAUGUAUGCUUGGGUUUUGGAUGACACAGAGGAAGAAAGGUCUCGUGGUGUCACAGUCGACAUAGCACAAAGGGUGUUUGAGUCAGAUAAAAAGAAAAUCACUUUGCUGGAUGCCCCGGGUCACAAGGACUUCAUUCCCAACAUGAUCACUGGAGCUGCAAGGGCUGACGUUGCAAUUUUAGUUGUUGAUGCUACCACAGAUGCUUUUGAGGCUGGCUUUGAGAGUGGAGGUCAGACUCGGGAGCAUGCUUUGCUGAUUCGAUCCUUAGGCAUGACACAGUUAGCGGUAGCAGUUAACAAGCUUGAUACUGUCAACUGGAGUCAAGAACGUUUCGUGGAAAUUAAGACUAGCCUCCGGCAUUUCCUUAAAACUGUUGGCUUUAAGGAUGCGGAUGUGAUUUAUGUACCUUGUUCGGGUUUGUCUGGUGAGAACUUGGUGAAGCCAAGCACAAUUGAAGCUUUAAACUCCUGGUACACUGGUCCUACUCUUCUGCAAGCUAUUGACAAGAUGAAAGUCCCAGAGCGUGCAGUAACCCGCCCCGUACGGAUGUGCAUAAGCGAUUUGUAUAAAGGGCAAGGGUCAAACAUGUGUGUUGGAGGGAAGCUUGACACUGGAUAUGUGCAGAAUGGCGACCGUUUGUUACUUCUUCCUCCAGGAGAAGUAGUUACUGUGAAAGGCGUCCAGGUGGAUAAUGCCGAACCCUCAACUGCAUUCGCGGGUGACCCCGUGACACUUACAAUCUCUGGUGUAGAUCCAAAUGUGCUACACGUUGGCGACUUCCUGUGUGAUCCUUCAGAACCUAUUCCACUUGCCACAAGGGUGCAAGCACGGAUAGUUCUCUUUAAUAUUAAGGUCCCACUAAUUGAAGGAACUCAGGUUGACUUCCAUUACCAGUCACUCACAGAACCAGCCAAAAUACGCAAGUUGGUCUCCCAAGUUCACAAGACAACGGGACAAAUUGUCAAGAAACGGCCUCGUGCUCUAGUCAAUAAUUCUGCUGGCUUGAUAGAGAUCCAGUUCACUCGGCCUCUCUGUUUAGAGCUCUUCCGUGACUAUAAAGAACUGGGUCGGUUCAUGCUGAGGGUUAGAGGAGCUACGAUUGCUGCAGGACUUGUUACUCAGAUUCUAAACUAAGACACAUUAGCAGUUAUAGACAGGCACCGUUGUUAAUGAUGAAUGAAGUAAAAGUUUUCGAAUGGCGUCCAGUAAGAUCAGCAUUUAUGGGUAACUAGGAUAAAUAGGCACUGUGUUUAUUUUUUUAUUAUUGUGAAAAGGUACUAUCAUUAUUAUUAUUUUUAUACUACUGAAAGGACUUUGGAUGAUUAUGGAGAGUUCAGUUGCAAAAACUUAUUUCAAGGUUAUUUAUAAGCCCAGCUUUGCAUGCAGGUAUAAGAAAAUUAGUACAGAGGGCAUGAUUAAGCCUAGUUAAUAGCUUUUAAUCAGGUGUUGUGAAUUUGGGAUUUGCAUAAUAUUUUCUUUCGAAAUAGGAGUAUUAUAUAUUGUAUAGUUUUUUUUUCUCCUAUUGUUGCAGGUAAAGGCUAUUAUAUUUUUGUAUUUCCAUCUUGCUAGUACCUGAGAUGGAAAUGAACAGGCUUCAUUAUAAUGGCAGAUAUAAUGGUUAGUAGUGUUGCAACUUUACAGUCAGGAUUUUAUGCACUACUUGAAAUACCUUCUUUAGAUAUGCAGUGUUAUUCUAAAUCUGUAAGGGAAAAAAAAAUUAAAAUUUUCCUUUUUUUUUUUGUCUCUAUUGAGUUAUCAGAAUCAUGUAGGCUAAUAUCUGGCUCAGCAGAUUUACUUAGUCACAAGUUUUGCCAAUUUAGUUAGGCAACAGUUAAUUUACAUAUCGCACUUUAUUUUGACACAGUAAUACUAGUGCAGUUAUUGUUUCAAGCAAUUCUCUUUUCAUUUGUGCCUUUUCUUGUUUUAGUAUCAUUAUUCAAAAUGCACAGGCAAAAAAUAAAUGAAUAAAAACAAAAAAAUAAGGGAAAAAGACACCAAAAAGCUACGUAGUAAGCCUUACCUGUGUAAAGUUUAAUCUCCUGUUCGUAUAUAAUCUGGCUGUGUUCAUAAUUGAUAAACGAACAGAUGUAGAAAGCAACAGUUACAUGUAUGACCAUUCUGUAGGUACUGCAAAAAAAUGUUUAAACCUUAAUACAACCAGAAGACAUACAGAAUGUUUAAUAUAUUACUCAGUGCAUUUUCACCUAAGCUGCUUAUUAAAUGCUCUGAUCUUCAGUAAAUAUUCAAAUGUUAUUCAGCAUCAGAAAGUGUACUCAUGUGUAUAUAAGAUUUUUUUUUUAUGUGAAUAUAAAGAGCUAUUAAUUUAUAAGGAACUGUAAAUUAGCAUGGGGACUAUUUCUGUAAAGAUAUGGCAGCAAAAUUUAAAGUUUCAGAGUUUAGCCUUCCCAUUUGCAUUUGCAAGUAAAAACUAAUAUGACAGUAAAGAAUGCGUGCCAUGACAUAAAAACAUUGUUGAUUACUCAUGUACUGUAAACCUUGUAACUUGUGUUUGAUAAGCAGUUGUGGUGGUGGUAGAACUACUGUAGUUUUUACAGUGAGGAGGUUUUGAAAUGCCAUCUGCUGGUCAGUUACAUGUAGCUUGCGUAACAUGAGAAAUAAUUGUAAUAAGUUAUAAUGAAUGGUUUACUAAAAUAGGAUAUGACAGCCAUUCUUCUUGUGUAAAUGGAGCCCAUGUUAAUGGAUAAUGUUUUACUGAAUAUGGAAGAGAAGGUAGUUGUGGUCUUUCAUUCAAGUUUUCUCUCUGUUGUGACAAAGAAAGGUUUCAGUGAGUGCAGAUUUUAUUUAAAUAUUUGUUUUUGUUGUUAUUGCUCAACAACAUAAUAAAUUAUAUUGCAAACCCGUA